CGAACACCGAGGCGAAGGCUGGACUUCCGCCGAAGCUUUCGCUGCCCUUGGCAGGAAUCACUAUGAACGGGGUCUCGCUGUCCUGCUUAAAGCAGGCCGGCUGCUGAUGAGAAAGCUAAUCUCUGAGAAGAUGGCUGUGCCCUGGAAUGAGGUUUGCCUUGAGAGGACGCCCAAAGGGAAGCCCUUCCUGGCGCGCUCUGCCCCUCCCAGCGCCACCCGCAGCUACAGCUUUAACAUCUCACACCAGGGGGACUUCGCCGUCCUGCUGCAGAGCGUGGGCUGCAGGUGGGCGUGGACGUCAUGAAGACCAGCCGGCCAGGUAGUGGUUCUGUGCCACACUUCUUCCACAUCAUUCUACAGGAUAUAAUUGGGUGUCGAGGCUCCUGCUCUUGUCGGGGUCACUGAUGGCAAACGGGUCUAAGCAGAGGCGGCAGAGAUGCAGAGAUGUCAAUGGCCCUGAAAGAGAGCUUUAUUAAGGCUGUUGGAGUUGGUGUGGGGUUCAACCUGCAGAGGGUGGAGUUCCACAUCUCGCCCGUGCGCAUGCAGGAGGGCCAGGUGUACCGACAUACCAGGAUGUGCCUGGAUUCCGAGGAGGAAGAUCCUGAUUGGGUGUUUGAGGAGAGUCUGCUGGACCAGGACCACCAUGUGGCUGUUGGACUCGGGAAGAUGGAGCAAUCUGCUGGAAGUGUAGCUCAUGUGCACAGAAUGGUGUUCCGCAGGACCGCAGUGCAACAAACGCAAAUGACAAAGGGUGGGGUUCACAGCUUAAAGAGCAACAAACAGGACAGUGUGAAACAGGGAAUCUGGACACCAGUGUUUGUUACUAUGAGGUGAGCAGGCUCAGGGCACCAUAGAAGGUUCUGUUAUUGAGUUCAUGUCGGUUCUGCCUUGCAUGUGCCUCCCUGAUGCUCCCACCCAGAACAGGCCUGCUUUAUGUUGGGAGGGAACCGCCAAUCUUAAAUGACAGGGUCAUGUUCUGCAGAUAACAUAACCUGGAGUUCUCUGGAAGUCACAAAUCUUAUCUGUGAUCAUGGGCGUAAAUUUCAUUUAACAGUAGGGGGGGACAAUAAAUAUAAAAUUUCUCAUGAGCAAUUUUUGAAGGAGACACAAAUAAUAAAGUCAAAUUGUACUUAUAAAGAUAUGUCCC